AUGGAACCAUUGGUGGUUUUGGGUGGAAAAGAUUACUUGGCAUGCUGCGGAAGCGUCAAAUUUGCUGAGGAGAUGGUUUUAGCAGGACCAUUCUCCGAUUAUCAACAGGCUGUUACUGCUGCGAGAGAUAUCUGGUUCAACAAAGUGGAUGUGAAUGGGUGGUUGGAAGCCUUUGCUGCUCAUCCACCGAUAGGUGAAAACCCUUCUAUGACCCAUAAAAGUCCAACCAGUGCCCAGUGGAGCAAGGGAGAGCAGUCUACAGCUUUAGCUACUGCCACUGACGCAACCUUACAGGAGCUACAAGAGUGGAGUGUUCGCUAUAGGCGGAAGUUUGGAUUUAUCUUUCUGGUAUUUGCAUCUGGGUGGAGUACCCCAGAGAUACUUGCUGAGAUGAAGGGACGUUACUAUAACAGGCCUAUUGUUGAGCUUGAGCUUGCAGCUCAGGUGCAAAUGAAAAUAACUGAAUUUCGUCUUUCCAAGCUAUUUACUGUUAAUUCUGCUGCUGCUUCCCAAAUCCAAACUCAGUAUAGUGUAGAUGUGAAGAAAGCUGGAGAAGAUCGGGUGGACAUUAUUGUAGCACAUUUGACAGCUGCAAACGAUGCUUCUGUGGUGAAACCAUCUCAAAAUUUUACUAGGACUCGUCCCCCUAUCACAACGCACGUACUGGAUGUAGCUUGUGGGUCUCCGGCUACUCGAAUCGAAGUACAUUUGGAGAUGUGGAAGCACAAUCAAAGGCGACCAUUGCUUGGUGAGGCAGAUUCAGGUGGCUGGACGCCCCUGGGUUCUUCGGCUACAGAUAAAGAUGGACGAAGUGGUCAGUUGAUAAAUAUGGUCGAUGUUUUGAGUCCUGGGAUAUAUCGGAUUAGUCUCAACACUGGAAGAUAUAAUCCCGAAGGAUAUUUUCCAUGUCUCUAUUGUAUUCGAAGUCAGGGAGUCGCAGAAACUGGAACAUUUUCAUGUUCCUCUUCUGCUUUCGCCAUUUUCAUUCUCCACUUAUUGUGGGAGCUAGCUUGUUUCAACCUGCAAAUAAAUCUUGAAUGCAAAAACUUGAUGUUUAUUGAUACAACUUUGCAUUUUAUCAACCUGCAUAUAUACUUCGAUGAUGUCCAUAAUAUUCCUACAGUUUGUAUACUUUGUGUGAAAAUGUGGAUAGUUACAAUUGCGUGGAUAAAAACUAAUGUUCAUUAA